CGAGCGAGGUCGCAGACAUAUUGUCGUGUGCGGCCACAUCACCUACGAAUCGGUUUCGCACUUCCUCAAGGAUUUCCUACACGAGGAUCGCGAGGACGUCGACGUAGAAGUUGUUUUCUUGCAUAGGAAACCGCCUGAUCUCGAACUGGAAGGACUAUUCAAGCGGCAUUUCACCACCGUGGAGUUCUUUCAGGGGACCAUCAUGAACCCGAUUGACCUACAGCGGGUUAAGGUCCACGAGGCGGACGCGUGCUUGGUACUGGCGAACAAAUACUGCCAGGACCCGGACGCGGAAGAUGCGGCGAACAUCAUGCGCGUCAUCUCCAUCAAGAAUUAUUCGGAUGACAUUCGCGUUAUCAUUCAAUUAAUGCAGUAUCACAACAAGGCCUACUUACUAAACAUUCCAUCGUGGGACUGGAAGCAGGGUGACGACGUCAUAUGCCUGGCGGAAUUGAAACUAGGUUUCAUCGCGCAGUCCUGCCUCGCGCCUGGAUUCAGCACAAUGAUGGCCAAUCUCUUCGCGAUGCGUUCCUUCAAGACGUCGCCCGAUAUGCAGGCAUGGCAGAAUGACUACCUGCGUGGAACCGGAAUGGAGAUGUACACCGAGACACUGAGCCCUACCUUCAUUGGAAUGCCAUUUGCAAAAGCCACUGAGUUGUGCUUCACAAAACUGAAGCUCUUGCUGCUGGCCAUCGAGAUAAAAGGCGAAGGAGGCUCCGAUAGUAAAAUCUCGAUUAACCCACGUGGUGCCAAGAUCGCUGCAAAUACUCAGGGAUUCUUCAUUGCUCAAUCUGCUGACGAAGUAAAGCGGGCGUGGUUCUAUUGCAAAGCAUGCCACGACGAUAUUAGAGACGAGACUCUGAUCAAGAAGUGCAAGUGCAAAAAUUUGGGGCAGCAGCAGCGCUCCUGGGGCCGGGACUUAGUGGCUACAUUCCGGAAAGGCGUGCGAGCUGUUCAAAUGGUUGGAAGAGCAAGUGAAGACCUCUCGUACGCAAACGACCACCAUCCUCCCCCCACAUUCACUCCGCCAGAACUGCCCAAGAUGGUUCACGUAAGAGGUGAAAUCAGCCGUGAACGAGACGAUCCGAAUGCCAUGAGGAAUCAUCGAAACUCCGUUGGAAUGACACUGAUAAAUUCAACGAAGCAAGUCAACAAGGUGAAGCCGAACGUGAAUCGAGCGACGAACGACAGUCUGUCCAGCCCGAAUCAGCCGUAUAAUCAGAGAUCGCAAGAGGAGUCCGCAUACGCUGGCUACCAUCUCGCCUACGAAGUCAAAAAGCUCAUGCCAACGAGCAGAGCCUCGGGUGGCACGAACGUUAACAACAACGGCGGUCUUCAAGUCGGGAUCGCUGACGAUCAAGCGAAAGAUUUCGAUUUCGAGAAGACCGAGAUGAAGUACGACUCGACGGGGAUGUUUCAUUGGAGCCCCUCCCGUAAUCUCGAAGACUGCAUACUGGAUCGUAACCAGGCGGCGAUGACAGUUCUUAACGGUCACGUCGUCGUCUGCCUGUUCGCCGAUCCCGACUCGCCUCUCAUCGGACUGAGGAAUCUUGUCAUGCCAUUACGAGCUUCCAAUUUUCAUUACCACGAGCUUAAACACGUAGUGAUAGUUGGAUCGGUGGACUACAUACGCCGCGAGUGGAAAAUGCUGCAGAAUCUACCGAAGAUAUCGGUUUUAAAUGGUUCGCCAUUAAGUAGAGCCGAUUUGCGCGCCGUUAACGUAAAUUUGUGCGACAUGUGUUGCAUCCUGUCGGCUAAAGUGCCUAGCAAUGAUGACCCCACCCUCGCCGACAAGGAGGCCAUCCUCGCAUCCCUCAAUAUCAAAGCCAUGACUUUCGAUGAUACAAUCGGCGUGCUCAGCCAAGUUGGGAGCCCAAUCGUUUUGCAAAGACGAGGAUCUGUUUAUGGAGCAAAUGUGCCAAUGAUCACGGAACUUGUGAAUGACAGCAACGUUCAGUUUCUUGAUCAGGACGACGACGACGAUCCGGAUACGGAACUCUACCUCACUCAACCUUUUGCCUGUGGUACUGCCUUUGCAGUUAGCGUAUUGGAUUCACUUAUGUCGACGACAUACUUCAACCAAAAUGCGUUAACUCUAAUUCGGUCACUUAUCACCGGUGGAGCUACGCCUGAGUUGGAAUUAAUCCUGGCUGAAGGGGCAGGCUUAAGGGGAGGGUACAGUACGGCAGAUAGCCUGGCUAAUCGGGAUCGGUGUCGUGUUGGUCAAAUCGCGUUAUAUGACGGGCCGUUAGCUCAGUAUGGCGAGGGAGGCAAGUACGGUGACCUCUUUGUCGCAGCAUUAAAGUCGUACGGAAUGCUGUGCAUUGGUCUGUACAGGUACAGGUUUCGAGACACUAGUUCGUCGUGCGAUGCUUCUUCCAAACGCUACGUGAUUACAAAUCCACCCGAUGACUUCACAUUAUUACCUACAGAUCAGGUUUUCGUCUUGAUGCAAUUCGAUCCGGGUCUUGAGUACAGGCCGAGCAGAGGUGCCCGAGGCAAAGACGACUCCUCCUGAUUGUUGCUGUGUAGCGCCCUCACCGACGGACCAUAUUCUUACAUCUAAUCAUGCAUUAGAAACCAUCAUGCAGUCCGUCGUCCCUACAACUGUCCUGUCUUUGUCGACGAACGCCAUUGUCUCAUGACAUCGCGCAUUAUCAACGAGUUUAUCGCGAGUCAUCGUUCAUAGGGCGAAUUGUAAUCACAUCCAUUUCCUCGAUUGACCGAUACAUACAGCGACAGUGCAUAGCAAACGUAACGCUUAAUUGCCGAUUUGAUCACUCCUAAAAGGUUCGACCUCGUUCGCCCCGUAUAGAAAUCGUUCUCAUCAAGUCGUCGAAUAUCCCGAGAAUGAAGCACGAUCCCCGGAAUGAGGACGCGGGAGAAAGAGCCUAAUGAACAAGUUAUUAAAGAGAAGUGAGAAAACGAGGAGAAGGAUGAAGAGGACACGCGAGAAGAGGAGGACAAUGGAAGGGGCAACGGAAAAAAUGGCAUGAUGCUGUGCGGUCCGAGGGUAGCUACACAUAUACACACUCUCUCUUUCUUUAUUCGAGCCAAUCCUCGCUCGAAGACGAUAAGGACUGUAAGGACUGAAUUAGACAUUUCGCAAAGCGUAACACUGUGUUAUCAAACCCCCUACCGAUUCUUUGCGGUUGCGAAUGUGGAACGGGGGAAGGAGGAAUGUGGAACGGGGGAAGGGACAUGUAGCAUAAAGUUCUUAGCACGUGGCUUAGCCUCGACGAGCGCUGUGGAAUUGCAAUAGCCUGCGCAUGGUGGAACGGAAGAACAAUCGCCGUUACAGUAAAAUCUCCGGUUUCCUUUUUUCUUCCGGCACGUGUUAAUGUAUAUAAUACGUAUAAUCCAAAGAACACCGUCGUUCAACGUGCUGUGAGAGGGCGACGAGAUGACGGGAGGAGGGGGAGGAGUGCAGCGAACUGGACACGGUCGUCGAUGUGUUUCCCUCAUCGAGAGACUCCUCUCAUCCCGCUCUCGCGUCGAACUCUCGUGGACGGUGCCGGACUACUACGCGCAACCCUUACCUCGUGUGUCUUGUUUUACGACUAAUGAAACCGAAAGGAGGAAAAAAGUCUCAAUCAAGCACUUUCUACAGGCUCUAUAUAUAUAUGUAUAUAUACGUAUACAUAUAUACAUAUUGGUAAAAAUUACGAUAAAAUACCCUUUUCCACACAACUUUAAGGAUAAAAAUCGUCUAUAUAUCGGUAUAUAUACAUUAUAGGUAUAUAUGCACAUAUACAUAUAUAUAUGUAUACACAUAGACAUUCUCUCUUUUAUAUAUUUUUGUGAAACUCACGUGUGUAUAUAUACGGACGUACAUAUAUAUAAAAAAAGGAAGAAAAAUACAUAUGUGUAAAAGAAAUACACGAAUACACACGGAUAUACACAAAUACUCUAUAUCUUUCCCUUCAUACACAAUCACAUAAAUAUACAUAUUUUUUCUCUAUUUUUGAUUUUUCUCUCUCUCUUCCUCUUUCUUUCUUUUCUUUUUUCUGGCUGCGCGUACGUACUUUUCAUACACGGAAAGAAACACGCACACGUAACCAUACACGUACGCGGCAGGUAUAUACAUUAUGACGUACGCGCAAUCACACAGAUACGAAUCCAAUCGACAAUUCGAUUCACAUACUUACAUAUACAUGUACAGACAUCUUUUUCUCUCUCUCUCUUUCUCUCUCUUCUUUCUUCUCUCUCUCUCUCUCUCUCUCUCUCUCUCUCUUUCUCUCUUUUUAUAUAUAUACACGCACAUACAUGCAGAGUUGAGAAUGACCAGAAAACGCACAGCAUGUGCGUGGGACUGUUCUUCAGAAUUGAAAGUGGCAGCCUAGAAUCGAAAAA